GACGACAGUUGAAGCUUCCAUAGCGUCUCUCGGUAGAAGCACACUUUAAUUUCAGUGAAACACAUAAUAUAUCGUUUGAUAUUUUAUGGAAAUAAGUGUAUGUAGCGUUGUGUAGAGGCAUGUUUGAGUUUCACAGCAUUUUGAAUCGUUUUUAGUUACUUAUGUCGUGAUUUGUAGCAUCGUAGUUAGCCAGCAAAGUUAGCUUGGUGCCUGAAGUUGUGUUUCGAUGUCUUAAAUCUUAUUUUUUGAGUUAAAUUGAGACCUUUUAGGAGGACUGUUGUGGGAUGGACUUCGUGUUCACAACGUGUUACAGAGACACGGUGUCCGACGUUUCCGCUGCAGCUCGUGCAGGCUCUAGGAAGAGGGUGAGGAGGCUGAUAAAAAGAGGAUGCAAUGUCAACGCUCGAGACAACCGCGGCUGGAACGCUCUGCAUGAGGCGGCGGCAGCUGGCAGCAAGGCGUGUGCGCUGGAGAUUCUGACUGCUGUCCGCGGAAUCUCUCUCGGCAGAUGUCGCUCCUAUGUGAACUGUUUGACUCAUGAAGGGGAGUCGGCGUUGUACCUGGCGGCGCAGCGUGGACACCUGGCCGUGGUCCGACUCCUCCUCAAAGCACGCGCCAACAUCAACGAGCUAACCAACGACUCGUCCUGCCCUUUAUACGCAGCUGUCGACGGCGGCCACAUGGAAAUCGUGGAGCUGCUGGUCAGUAAAGGUGCAGAGGUGAACAGCACACACACCGCGUCCUGCUGGACCUGCCUUCAUCAAGCCGUUUAUAAGGGUCACAGUGAAAUUGUGCGCAUUCUUGUGAACGUUGGAAACCUGGAGGCUUUAGACGACCACAAGAUCUCGCCACUGUUUCUAGCUGCUCAGUACGGGCAGAGGGAAUGUCUGGAAAUACUCGUUAAUGCUGGUGCCAAUGUGAACGCCCAGGCAGCGGACAUGGCCACGCCGCUGCUGAUCUCCUCUCAGGAGGGCCACCAGGCUUGUGUGGAUUUUCUGCUGGACCACGGAGCAGAUCCUAACAAAGCCUGCAGCAGCGAGUGGCCCCAGCUUCCCAUUCAUGCAGCCGCUGAGUUUGGCCACAUCAGUGUCCUUCAUAGGCUGAUAGCUGUUACGGAUCGGGUGUGUGGCCAUGGUGACGGCAUGGUGAGUCCGCUGUACCUCGCCGUCCAGAAAGAUCAGGCCAAAAGCAUGGAGGUGCUGCUGAGGGAAGGUUACAGCCCAGACGCCCAGGACUGCACACGCACCCUGAGCCUCCGAUCACCGCUCGGCUUAGCCCUGGAUCGCUCAUCUAACAAGCCAUACAGUGAAUCGGUGAAAUUGCUGCUGACUGCAGGAGCAAAACUGAGCGAGGACGACUGGAUUUAUGCUUUGGCCGCUGACAGCACAGACCUGCUGCAGCUCAUCCUGGAGCACAGAUGGAUUCCUGGACCCGAGGCUUUGACCACUGACUGUUCUAUACCACAACGUCAUGGAAAAAACGUUUUGAAGCUCCAAGAACUGAGGGAGCUUCUCUGUGUGGCACUACACCAAGUCCGUUUUGCCGCCUGCUGGCUCCCUCUGCUUUUAAAGACGGGGCUGGAACCGUCUUUGCUGCUUCACCCCCACAUGUUGGAACAGGCAGACAGUGACGUGUUGAAUUACCUGCUGGAGUUUGUAAAUUGGUCGACUCUGUCUCCAUCUUUGAAACUUAUUCUGGACCGAAGGCGGGCAGAAAAAACCUGGGAACCCCGUUUACAUUUUGACUCUGUUCCCUGUCUCGCCCACCUCUGCAGGCUGCAGGUUCGGGUAACGUUGGGACCAGAUCAGCUGAUGAGGACCGGUGUAGUCCAGCAGCUCCCGGUGCCCUCCUUGCUUCACGACUUCCUCAAAUUCAGCGACAUCCCAGAACCUUCCAACACACACUCAGCACCACUGCCAAUUUCAGAUCGAAUAUAUGAGUACCACAGAACGCAUCAGCACCGACAUGUUCUGUAGCUCCGGCUAGUGCUGCUUUGGAUGAGUUAAAAUCACAGACAAGAUGACAGGUGAUAAUCUCUUUACAAUGCUACUGCAGUACUCAACUCUUGAGUGGAGUUCCUGAGAACUAUUCAGAAACUGCUAAAAGACUCCAAAGUACCCAGAUAUUUAUCUCACUUGGCAUCCAAAGCUGCAGGAUGUGCUGGAUCAAGCCCGACCCAUUGAGGUGUCACCCUCCCCCCCCAACCCACAGGACCAAGAGGACUGGCUGCCAACAUCUCAGUGCCAAACACCUGAGGACACCUCCAGAGGACCUCCAGAGCUGUGCUUUUAAGGCCAACGGAUCAGUAGAUGAGGCUAUGUGAUGAUUAGACUGAGUGUACAUAUUCAAAACCCAAGAAUCUGAUGUUUUUAUGGCUGCACCGUUCCGUCAAAUGUAAAUAUUUGAGUUUUUGCAGCAUUUUGUAUGCGUUCCCUCAAAAAAGUUUAAAAUAAAUUGAAUAAAAUAUGA